UGGGGUAAAACGGGUACAAACUGGAGAAUAUCCCACAUAAUCUAUAAAAGAUUCCACUAAAUUUAUCACCAUAUGGGUUAAUGUGUAAAUAAUUUAUAGUUUACGGGUGAUUGUAAUUACCCAAACAUAAGGUCGAAUGAGGUAAAACAGGUACAAACUGGAGAAUAGUCCACAUAAUCUAUAGAAGAUUCCACUAAAUUUGACACCAUAUGGGUUAACGUGUAAACAAUUAAUAGUUUACGGGUGAUUGUAAUUACUCAAACAUAAGAGGCUUUUUCGUAACUUGACCUUAUCUCAUAGGCACGGUAAUUUAUCCUAUAAAUUAUAAUAAAUUAUAAUUAGUAUUCGUUGGUGAGUUUCGAAGUAGCAUCCUGCCUCUUGAUGGUUUAAUUGUAAUAAGUAAUAACGUAGUGUGCACAGAUUUAGUCAACGUAUACUUUUGACAUUAAAAAUCAAUUUAUCUACAGAAAUUCAGAACCAAAAAUUUCAUUCUGUGUUUUACCUCUUCAUCAUCAUCCAACAACUACAAUGGAUAAUUCAGGCAUUAAAAUACUGCACAAGCCAAGUAUGGAAUCCUCUUCGUCCGAGCCAAGGGAGCAGUUGUCAGAUUACGAUGCACACGACUCCAACACUACUACACUGGACAUGCUGCAACCUUUUCCUGAAAUUGAAGACUCUUUUUUCUUCAAUUUAGAGAAUCAGCAGCCGAUAAACGAAUUCAAGUCCACGCUCGAUUUUCUGCAACAAAAUGUGGAGUCGUUGAGAGCUAAAGCCUCUGUUAUCCGAGAAGGAUUAAUUAAUAAUGCAAGGGGUAAAAGGAAAAUAUACCAACAAAUCUACACUUGCGCAUUGUUUGAUGACGGUCAUCCGUGGAGGAAAUAUGGACAAUACAGAGUCUUAAAUGCCAGUUACCCCAGGCACCACUACAGUUGCAAACAUAAGGGUUCUCAAGGAUGCCGAGCAUUGAAACACGUGCAAAGGAUCGAAGACGAUCCACCUCUGUUUAGGACGACAUAUCGUGGUCAACACUCGUGCAAAGACUUUCUCAAUUCCGAGUCAUCCCAUCAGAUCAUUAUGGACGCUGCCGCCGCACAAGAGGAUGAUUCUUCCCUCGUCAUGGUGGCUGCCGCCACGAAGGAGGAUUCUUUCGUUAUCUGGAAGCAGAGCGCGGUGAUAAGAUCUGACAAAACCCUAAUCAAACAGGAAGCAAACGAAGAUUGUAAUCGAGUGGAAUCUUCUCCACUUGAUUCCGGUAAUUGGGAUGCACUUUCAUCAAUCGGGACGGAUCACGGAGAUUUGAUCGGUUCUGUUAGAGUUAGGAAUUGGUUGGUGGAGGUAAAUAUAGUCGAAACUAGAUUUCUUGAAUUGGAGAAUGAAGUGAAGUCUCGAGGAUUAGAGGAGAAUAUGGGAAGGAUUGAAGCACUAAAUGAAAGAGUAGAAAUGCUUGUCGAAGAAAGUGGGCGUUUUGGUAAAUUUCGACUCGAUGCAUAGAGCAGCUGAUGUUGAGAAACCGCCGAAGAAUCAAGCAGAGUCAUAGCCGUAAUCUGUUAGCAGGUUCCUAGGUGGCGGUCGAGAAGCAAACCGUAAUAAAAGACACGAGUAACUGUAAAUAUAUAUGUCCCGAACAACUCUAAAAUGGUUCUUUUCUCGCACCCGUCCUCCAUUGUGUAGAAAAAUCAUAGAAAUAUCUCUUCUUCUUAACGUUGAAAUAAUAAACUAGAUUAAGUGUGUAUUAAGGAAUAUUCUAGAAGGUUAAUAAUGUAUUAGAAUGAGUCAUGUAUUAGCUUAUUCGUGUAUUUGGUUUUAAUUAAAAUUCAUGUAUUAGUCAGAGGGGACUAAUUAAAUUAAAUACUAAAUAGUAAUGCAUGUACUAGGCUAGAUUCAUGUUGGGAAAAUCCUAUAAAUACCGCAUGAACUCUAGCCAUUUGGA